AUGGCUCCGCUCCUGCGGCUGCUGGCCGGCGUGGCCGCGCUGCUACUCGCCGCGGGCGUGUCCCCGGCGUCGGCCUCGAGCUCCGCCGUGGACCUCGGCGUGAACUGGGGAUCGCAGUGCACGCACCAGCUGGACCCCUCCGAGGUGGUGAGGAUGCUCAAGGCCAACGGGAUCAUGAAGGUGAAGCUGUUCGACGCGGACCCCUGGCCCGUCGGCGCGCUGCUCGACUCCGGCAUCGAGGUCAUGCUCGGCAUCCCCAACGACAUGCUGGAGGCGAUGACCAGCUACGGCAACGCCGAGGACUGGGUGGCGGAGAACGCCACCAGCUACGGGGACAGGCUCAAGCUCCGCUACGUGGCCGUGGGGAACGAGCCCUUCCUCAAGAGCUACAACGGCAGCUUCAUGGAGACCACCGUGCCGGCGCUCAAGAACAUCCAGAAGGCGCUGGACGAGGCCGGGAUCGGCGACACGGUCAAGGCCACCGUCCCGCUCAACGCCGACGUCUACGUCGGCGACAAGCCGUCCGAGGGCAAGUUCCGGCCCGACAUCGACGGCGUCAUGACCGACAUGGUCAAGUUCAUGCACGACCACGGCGCGCCCUUCGUCGUCAACAUCUACCCCUUCCUCAGCCUCUACCAGAGCGACAACUUCCCCUUCGAGUUCGCCUUCUUCGACGGCGGCCGCAGCAUCCAGGACAACGGCGGCGUCAGCUACUCCAACGUGUUCGACGCCAACUACGACACCCUCGUCAGCGCGCUCAAGAAGGCCGGCGUGCCCGGCCUCAAGGUCAUCAUCGGCGAGGUCGGCUGGCCCACCGACGGCAACAAGAACGCCAACCCCAAGCUCGCGCGCCGCUUCUACGACGGCCUCCUCAAGAAGCUGGCCAAGAACGAGGGCACCCACCUCCGGCAGGGCAAGAUGGACGUCUACCUCUUCGGCCUCUUCGACGAGGACAUGAAGAGCAUCGCGCCGGGCAACUUCGAGCGCCACUGGGGCAUCCUCACCUACGACGGCAAGCCCAAGUUCGCCAUGGACCUGUCGGGAAAGGGCAACGACAAGCAGCUCACGGCCGUGUCCGGCGUGGAGUACCUGCCCAAGCAGUGGUGCGUGUUCGACGACGAGGCCGCCAAGGAGGAGGGCAAGGACAAGCUGCCGGGGAACAUCCAGUACGCGUGCGCCAGCGGCGACUGCACGGCGCUGGGGUACGGCUGCUCCUGCAACGGCCUCGACGAGAAGAGCAACAUCUCCUACGCCUUCAACAUGUACUUCCAGAUGCAGGACCAGGACGUGCGCGCCUGCGACUUCGACGGCCUCGCCACCAUCUCUGACAAGAACGCCUCCACCAAGGAAUGCCUCUUCCCCGUCCAGAUCAUCAGCGCCGCCACCGUCCCGGCACGCCGAUGGCCCGCAUCGUCGCUGCUGCUGGCCAUGUUGGUCGCGCAUGCUCUCGUGUCAUGACGACGGGUUUUAUCAUGUAGACAUCAGGGGAGGAAAUC